GAGACAUGUCUGAAAUUUGCAUGAAAGACGGCGUCCUCACGGGCAACUACCAGAACAUCAACGACUUGAUUGCCGGCAACUCUUUUCAGUUGCGUGUUGAGAAUCAGGAGCAAUUCUUUGAUUCUGAUGAUGAUGGGGAAUUCGAGGAGACGGAUUUGGACAAGUACGAAGAGGCAUGUGAGAAGUGGAGAAAAGCUGACUUUGUGGAUAAGUCUUUCGAUGAGGUUCGAGCAUCAAUGACAGAGAUUGGGAUGGAUAUCUACAAGAAGGUUAUGCUGGAGGGAUUUGGUGAGCCAAUUCCCAUGGAAAAUGCCAAAGUUACCCUGGUUUAUUCGGUGUUUUUCGAGAAAAAAGCCAUUCCCGUAGAUUCUACCUUGCUCACAGGUAAGAAUUUCUCUUUCAUCACCGGCAAGAAUGCCGGGCUUCUCAUCGGAAUAGAGCACGCUGUGAUGUCCAUGAAAGCUCAGGAACAGGCACAAUUCAUUGUACCAUGGCAGCUUCUCUAUGGUGAAUAUGGCGUACCACCGAGAAUCCCACCAAAGCAGGAUGGACUCAUCCUCAUUAGAAUUAUAAGUGUGCAGCCAGGAUGUGGCCCAGUGGAAAUGUCAGAGGGUGAAAUGAAAAAUUUUUCCAAUGUCAAGAAAAAGGUAGAAGAACUCCGACAGAAAGGCCGUCAAUCUUCUCAGGCAAGUCGCUAUUCCUCAGCCAUUCGUGCCUACAAUGAAGCCACCAAGAUCCUCGAGAAAGUCGAAACUUUCAAUGACGAGGAGGACGAAGAGAGGAAUAAUUUGUUGGUGAUGAUGCUGAUAAAUGCCGGAAUGAUGUACAAUAAACUCAUGCAGCCAAAGAGUGCUUGUCUCCGGUUCAAUGAGGCCCAAAGGUACUAUGUAAAAAUUCCCCGUGAGCUCAAGGGGAAACUGAUGUUCCACAAAGGACGUGCCCUGAGACAUCUUGGUGAAUUUCAGCGAGCUCGUCAGUGUCUCACUGAGGCACAUAGAAAUUCUAGUGACAGUGGAAUUGCCAGAGAAAUACAUCUUCUGGAUCAGGAAGAAGCCAAAUAUAAUGAUGCUAUGUCAAAAAUGAUGCAGAAAGCCCUGAAUCUCCAGGAGAAAGUGAAGAAAACCAAAGUAUCCAACAUCAAUGAAGACUUUAGGGUGUCCUUCACUGAGACACUCAGAAAGUUUCUCAGUGAUGACAAAGUUACCAAACAAACUAUUACUGAAGAUAUUACCAAGGAGCAAAGGGACAUCAUUGACAGUAUUUUGGCAACGGAGGACAAUGUAAUGCUCCAUGUGCUUCCAACUGAACGCACCACCAGAUAUUGCUUGGUCAAGAAGAUGUAAGCAUUUCAGUACACAAGAUUUCUUCAGUACAAAAAAUCUACAAUCUAGAUUUAUGGAUUUCUUUUGCCCUAGGAUCUGAGAAAAGGAUAAUUACUCAUGACAUUUGAGAGGUAUUAUUUUGAGAAAUUUAAAUACAUACAGUAGACUCUCACUCAAUCGGGCGACAAAUUUUGUUGGCAAUUUUCACGUUUAAUUAUGAAGCAAAUUUGCUCAAAUUCGCUGUACUUCCUAUUUUAUCGUUAUUCUUUAUAAUUGAGCGCUUUUUGUGGAAUUUACAAAGGCUUUGACGCCCAAAUCUAUCAAUAAACGGGAUGACAUUUUGCCCUAAAUGCCCAAUUGACAGAGAGUCUACUGUAUUUCAAUUUUUACCUUUAAAAAUCUGAAUAUAUAUAAAAAAAUGAAAAUAAAAUAGAGAAUUUAAUUUGCCAUUAUUUUUCUAUUAAAAGAUUUAGAAAACAAAAAAAAUAAACUGAAUAAUUAAACUUUAUGUUUUUAAUUCCAAGAAAUCCAUUAUAAUUAAUUUUCUCUAUUUUUUAUACCCAAAGAAUUCCAAUGUAUUCAAACUUUAAGAAUAUUAUAUAAUAAAUGAGAAGUGCCUUAAUUUUCUAAAAUUUAGAGAUUGAAAUAAAUGAAUUAAUAAGUUUUCUAUUA